AUGAGCGAUGCUCGAGGAUCAAAAGACGAAUUGAACCCACAAAUAAGAGGAUCUUCUGCGUCUAUCCCGGUCUCUUCCAUCCCACCGUCCGCAAGAAAGUCGACAUCAAUCUUGAAUUCAACACAUCAGCAACGAGACUCUAUUGGAGAUCUUUAUCCUCGAACAAACUAUACAAUGGAUCAGCAACGCUACUAUGAACGCAGUAACAGUGACUCAAAUAAUCCUCAACAGCGUACACAACAGCCACCAUUCAGCCCCGUAGGCGCUUCUUUAGGAGCUGGUGCUAGUAGUGAUGCUGCAACCGUUGCUCCUCGACCAACGAGAACUAGAGUCUCGAGAUGGGCUCCAUUACCAGCUGAUCGAGACGAGCCGGCCGCAUUCAGUAACACCGCCAAUAAUGAAUCGGCAGAUGCUGGAAACUAUCACCGAUUUAAUAGUGGAGGUGCUCCGACUGCUUCUAAUAUCACCAACUUAUAUAAUACUCAACCGCCAAUACAACAGCAACAGUCACAACUAGGCGAUUAUCGUCGAGCUUCUCCUCCACCACCUCGAAUGAGAAUAUCAGCUCCCAUCGCAUCUGGAAGCUCGUAUACAUCGCCUCGAAAUGCUAUGGCCACCCAUAAUAAUACUAAUAGAAGCCCACCACACCGAUACCAUAACGAAUUUAGGUUUCAGAAUGACGCUGAUAACCGUAGUCUGCCUUCAAAUCAGUAUAAUCGAAGUCCUCAAAAUGACUUUUCUCCAUCAGAGUCAAGACCGUCGCUCAUGAGUCAGAUGGGUAAACGAUCUCGAACGGAAGACAUGAUUCCAAUACCCAGUAAUAGACCAUCUAUGAUGCAAGGUGUAGGCAUCAAGCAGCAACCUAUCUCUCGUGAUGACGAAGAAGCUGAAGAAGAAGAUUUAAAUGUUGCUGACGACGAUGAAGCUGCUCCAGAGGAGGAAGACGAAGACGAUGGAGGUAUCGAUAACGAAGAUAUAGAACAAAAGAUUGACUCGCUAGAUGCUGAAAUCGCUAAAUAUGAAGCCCUGCUACAGGAGAUGAGACAGAAAAAGGAGGCUGGCAGCUUUAACGCUGAUGGCAAUAGUAAUCAGAGUAAAGACGCUUCUAUUGAAGAAGGUGCACCUGGUACAGCAACGCCAGCCAUGCAGGAACCUCCUGAUAUCUUACAAUUGGCCGAAAUAGAGAAUGAGCCUUUUGUGGUUGCUCCUGGUCUCCCACUGCAUGAGGAGAUUUAUAUGGCUAACAGGCAUCGAGCUCGAGUCACAGCUCGCGCCAUGGCAUUACAAGCUCGCUCGUUGAGUGAUCCCAGUCAGCCACUUCCAUCGCAACAAAUCUAUAAGAUAGAGGAUUUUGAUUUUUAUACCGCAAAUAUCGAGUCACAUCGAACAUUCCGGCCAUUACUUGUACAACAUAUUCAAAACCGUCGUAGAGACAUGAUGGAUAAACGAGACGAGCUACGACAAACAUAUCAAGAGCUGCAUGAUGUUUGGAAGAAGCAAAUUGAACGGCUUGAUAGGGAAAAAGAACGUAAACGUAAAAAAACAGGGCCUGCACCUACAUCAAUACCUGAACGACCUGCACUCUACCAUAAUAGCAUGAGCAAUAGUGGAGCGGCAGAUUUGAUGAUGUAUGGAGGCGGCACACUAACUCGUAGAAGUCGAGCUGCAGCUAAUGCAUCGUUCAAUUCGGAUCUUGUAAGAUCUGAGGCUGAAUUUACCGCUGCCAUCGCUCACAUUAUGACUCUGGAUGGUAAUAUAGAUCCUUCACGACUAGCACCGAUACCUGAUAUGAUACUGGAACCAAUAGAACGAAAUAGUGUCGUGCACUCUGACUUAAGUCAGCUUGUACGAGAUCCGAUAGACGAGAACCGUAGACUCUUGGAAUCCGCUAGUCAGUGCUGGUCUGAUGAAGACAAGUAUGUCUUUGAAGUCAAAUUGGUGCAAAUAGGCAAAAACUUUAGAAAGAUUGCCGAAUUCUUGCCAGGCAAGACGACCCAGGAUUGUGUACGGCAUUACUAUCGAGAAAAGGAGCGUCUCGGCUUCAAAACCUUGUUGAGACGUACUGCACCAGGUCCUGGUCGUGGUGGAUUACGGAGAGCUCGUGGGGGUGCUCUUGCUCGCAAAUUACUUCAGACUGGAUUCGGCGGUAGUUCGACAACUUCAAUAGAUCCGAAUGGAGUCGUUGAAGAGGUCGAUCUAGAAGAAUACGAUGAAGAUGUAGCCAUGGAUAUCGAACGCCUACGUAGAAACACUCGAGAUGCUCCCGCCAAUCGUAAACAAAAGGUCAAACCUCCAGUAAUCCAGCCAGAUUCUGAUGGAGACGACCACGCUAUAGAUGUCAGUGGCGGUGGAGGUCCUCCUGGUCCUGGAAAUAAUACGACGACUGGUAGUAGUAGUAUCAGCAAUGUCAAAUGGACUGACGAUGACAAGUCUAAAAUGAUUGAAGCUCUUCAGCAAUUUGGCAGAGACUGGAAUGGAGUUUCUAGCUUUAUGGGCAACAAAACCGAGAAUGAAUGCAAGAUCUACUAUAGACAGAAUCGAUUUAGAUUAGGCCUUGAUGAAAUCUUACGAGUUAAUGAUACCUCUCGCCGUAGUAUGCCCAGAAAGAAACGUGCUGGUGGUCCUUCAUAUAAUAAUGACGACAAUGCUGAUGAAGAUGGCGGUGUCAGUUUGGGAGAGGAUCAAGGAGGUAAUGAGGACUCUAGAGGUGAAGAUGGUGAAGAUAUGGAUGAUCCUGAUAUAUUAGAAGAGGCAAGGCCGAAAAAGAAGAAAAACGCUCGUAAACCUACCCAAACUGGAAUCACCAUGAAUAAUAAUAGCUCCAUUGAUGUCAUGGGUAAUGAACCUGCUUCCGAAGAUGCACGCAGUAGAGUCCGUGGUGGUCGAACACGGAAAUCAACUGGUGCAGCCCGUAAAUCAAGGCCUAAUGUAAUAGAAGAGAUACCCGAUCUCUCAUCAGUCAUGGAUGCCUCUGAAAGCUAUGAUCCUAAUGACUCCAUUGGUGCAUCACGUAAAACCGUAUCGUAUUGGUCUGUACGAGAACGAGAAGCAUUUGUAUCUGCCAUACAAAAAGUAGGAUGUGAUUGGGAAGCCAUUGCUAAAAUGGUUGGCACCAAAUCAUCUGUACAGGUCCGCAAUUAUUAUUCAAGUCAUGCCAAAGAAUUGGGAGUUGAUCAUAUAACAAAUCUUAUUCUUCAACCUCAUAAUGUGAAUCGAGCUAAAAGCUAUGAAGAACAGCAGCAGCAGCAGCAACGACUGUCUACACCACCAACUCAGCCUCAUCGUGAAGAUGGUGGCGCUGGAGAAGAAUAUGUACAUAGUGGCCAUCGACGUACACCAUCCCAAUCAUCAACUGGUAGCCAUUCCCGUAGAAGAGACGAGGCCACAUAUAUAGCAGCCGCCGAUCUCUUGACUAUGGCUCGAGGAUCCAAUAGCCCACAUCUGUAUGCAGUUGGAGCAGGACAGCAAGGCGGACAAUAUCAACCAAUAUAUGCUCAGUCCGCUCGUGGUAUACUACCGCCAAUGGUAUCACUACCACCUGGAUCUGUAGCAAACACUAUAAUGACCCAGCAUGCUCAAUUUCCACCUGGUACUACCACGUUUGCAUUACCGCCAGUAUAUAUCCCGUAUGAUCGAGCUGCUGCAGCUGCCACCAUACAACACUUGGCUGUGCCUUAUGCAGCAGGUCCUGGAGGUGCUUUUCAAUAUCCGCGAGACUUUUAUUUUAGUGCUGGUGGUCCUGAUUAUCAGGCUCAUCCCAUUGCGAUUCAGCAGAUGAGGCCUGAGAUGGAUGUUGAUCAGGCUGAACGACACUCAUCGCCAGUGAGGAGAGAAUCGCCUCAGCGUCGUGGCGGAUCCGUUCCAUUACAUGGACCACCAUCACCUGCUGGCAGUAAUAUGGCACCUCCAUCAUUACUGAUACGACAUGACGAAGGCAUGCGAACUGUACUGCCUAGUGUACGUAGUCUAAUAUCAGCCGCUGAAGGAGCUGAAGGUUUGGGCAUCCAGAUGCCGCCUACACAUCAGCUAGCACCUAUAGGACAAUACCAUGCUAUACCACCACCUAUGCAUACCAAUCUACCUGCUUUUGCACCGGAUAAUUCAAGAGGGCGUAGUCGUAGUGCUAGUCCUGGGUAUGCUGCGUUUGGUAGCAGUCAGCAGCAGCUGCCGCAACAACAGCAGCAUCAUCAACAUCACCAACACCAUCAGCCGCAUCAACAGCAUCAGCAUCAUCAACAGCAUGUACAGCAUCAUCAGCAGCAAUAUCGCGCUACCAGUCCAGGAACGAUGAUGGUUCCCUCUGGAAUAGGAAUGGCUUCUGCAGCCAGUGUUGGAUCUGCUAUUGAUGAUUUACGUAAGCAUGAGAAUCAAAUGCCUCGUAUGGACGCUCCUGUAGUAGUGGUGACUGCGAUGAGUGAAGUACUCGAUGGGCGUCGUGAAGUAGCUGAGUCUCGUGCUAUUGAUGUGCCAAGAAACGAUGUGCAAGGCAGUGAGGCAAAUAAUCAGAUGGAUGAGGGAUGA